AAUCUCGUCCUCGACAGAGUGUGACUCAUGUCUGAUGAAGGUAGCAUUGCAGCCAGUUCGAGACUACUGGCUUGCCAGCAAUGCAGCAAGAGCUUCACACGUCCCGAAAACUUGGCGCGGCACAUGAAGACACAUGACACAGUUCGAAAGCAUUGCUGCCAGGUGUGUGGGAGGCAAUUCACUAGGAGCGAUCUGCGGAGGAAGCACGAACUGCUUCAUGGACGAGCCACACCUUCUAGGGUUGCGUCGAAGUCACGGCGAGCUUCCAUAACUGCAUCGAACCGUAAUGACACGUCACCGCUGCACAUGCAGAGCGGGACGUCGGUUCCCCCUUACUAUGGUGACCCAAGCGUCGUCAUUUCCGUGGAUGGGGGUGAAGUAAAUGCAACUAUGGAAGCGCAAUCACUGGCGGCAUCACUUGACGCGGACCCCGUCAACAUCCCAUGGGCCGAGCAAGUGGAUUUUGAUCCCUACUUUGAUUAUACAACCUUCGCAAGACCUUGGAACUAUCAAUCAAGCCAGACUGUCGAAAGUUCCGACUGGUUCUCGUCGCAGUUCUUCGCGGCACUCCGGGAGACCGAUCUUGCAUAUAGUCCACCCAUCGAGACGUGGAGCAACAACAACUACGCCCCAACCAACACGAAUAACCUAGGUACAUUGGGAUAUCACGAUGGUAUUUCAUCAGCUUACUUGCUGAAAGAAGGCAUAGACUUGCCAAGCGGUGGUGAGCUGUCACGUAGUACAGCACCCGAUUCACACAUAGAUGCAGACCUUGAGGGUCCUUCAGGACAAACAUCUCGAGGUUCUUCUCCCCCAAACGAAAGUUCACGUGAGGAUCGUCACCCCUUUGCAUGGAAUCCGCGAUCAAAACCGAUUACGAAGGCGAAGCCUAUUGUACUUGCGGCCAAUGACCCAAUCUUCGCGAGCAUCGAUGAGAAUGUUCGGAUCACACAAGUAACCCUGUCUCAAGUUCAACACUUUCUACGCCCAAGACAGCAAUCUGGCAGCGAAGAUUCCUUCACGUUGCCUGCAUUAUCUCUCGUCAAUGUUUUCAUUAGUCUCUUCUUCAAUAAAUUCUUGCCUCAAGCACCAGUCCUGCACCGGUCGACUUUACGAAUAGAGACUCUUCCACCAUCCCUUCUAUCAAUAAUAAUGGUCGUCGGCUCAUGCUAUAGCCGUCUACGUCACACUAGAAGAUUUGGUAUCAUCGUUCUAGAUCGUACGCGGCAAAAUCUUCUGGCCAUGAUAGAGCAAGACAACAGUCUCAUGCGAGAACCAUCAAUCAUCUAUGCUGUUGCACUGGCAUGCUACAUGGGUCUUUGGUGCGGUAACAAACGCGCGUUUGAACUUUCCGAGGCUCUCCGCGCUGUAGCAGUGACAUACAUCAGACGUUUGCCGGAUAUUCACGAUCGCCAAGAACAUGACCUUUACCACGCUCAAUCGAACAACGCAGAUGGGGAGACAUACUCGGCGACAAGUUCGAGAUCGCCAUCUACCCUGGAGUCGCAAUGGCUGGAUUGGGUAUCCAAGGAGAGACGGAAGAGAUUACGUUGGUUCGUGUACAUGAUGGAUUCACAAUUUCCUGCCAUUCUUGGUAUGAGCAGUAUGUUGACUACAGCGGAUAUCAGGAGGUGGGAAUGCCCUUGUGACGAAGACUUCUGGAACGUGGCAACUGCAAGAUCCUGGAAACAUCGACUUGGAUCUGCUUCUGAGCCUGCCUGCUCUGUGUUUGGCCCACUUGUCGCCUCAGUAUAUUCGACAUCAGGACCAGCAAUCCAGCAAGCAGUUGUAGCAAUACUCCCCAGUCUCAACUCGUGGAGCGCAAGUCUUCUCUUGACUGCCAUCAUGGCGGAAGUCUAUCACUAUCAAGACAUGCUCGUGGUUUUACGUACAUACGACGAAGAAUAUGCCUUGUCAGAAGGAUCUUCUCGCGAAGAUUUUCGCGCAGUGCGCUUGAUCGCUAUGUUAGAAGCCUGGAGCUGUUCGUACCAACAGCUGCAGCCUCCUCGUCGGGAUGCAACAUCGGCUCAUCUAUGUCGCUGUUCCACUAUCAUGUAUCACUUGGCUCGAGUUUACUUAUAUUUUCCUGUCUCUGACAUACAGGAUUGUCUUGGGAGAUCUGGGCUCACGAGUGCCAAGGCGGCGAUGAGCAGACUGAAGUCCUGGAUCGCUCAGUAUCCGGAAAAGGCAAGCCACGUAAUGGAAGACGCUUCUCAUUGCAUUAGCAUUGUCAUGUCGAACCAAGGCGAAAGUGACCCUUACGACAUAAUUGGACUCUUUCUGUGUCACGUUAUCAUCUGGUCGUUUGCGCACGUAGCAUCUGCACCACAGAAGGAGUCCACCCUUCGACUUUUACGUGCGAACUCUGCCAUUUCAGGUUCCGUGCUGGAUGUCAUCGAAGCUGGAUUUGCGUCUAACAAUUCCGAAGCCACAAAUGGAGUCGAUGCACCACAGUUGAUCUUCAGACACGCAAUUCAGGCAUUGGUACAGCUAGGAGAUUGGGGUGCAUCAUCGAACCUGGCGUUGCUACUGCAUCUGCAUCCGGGUAUAUCCAUGUCAUAGGUAAAUCAAUCACGGUACACGUGUUCGAGGCCUGUGUCGAAGUGUGGCGAAAACUCAUGUCCGUCCACCCAAUAGUCCACUACGUCCACCCGAGUGACUAGCUCCGCCGCUCGGCUGUGUCACUCGGUGUUAGAACUUACUCCAGAUGCCACCUCCGCCUCCACCUCACAAUACCCCAGAUCUACGU